AUGCGCGGGUUGUCGCUAAGCAGCCUGCGGCUGCUGCUGGCGUUAUUCAGCCUCGCGUCCGCCCAUUGCCUGUGCGCCGCGACAGCGCGGAGGCCUUCCCUCCGCCGGGUGGCGGCGGCUCCCCUCGCCACGAGCGCUGCGGACGAGCAGGUCGAGGCGGAGGCGGAGGCUGACCGGUUGGUUGAUGCGGCAGACCGCCUGCUGUCUGAGACGGUGGACGCGCUCCUGGGAGACACGAUCGUGCUCCCUCCCGACGGGAUCACCGUGCAGCCCGGCGUUAUGCUCCCUCCGGACGGCUUUGAGUGGGCCACAGCGGCGGGCCAGAGCGCUGUCGAGCUGACGCAGGAGGUGAUCGCGGACAAGGUGGUGGCGUUCGAGGAGGAGCUGGCGUGCUCGUCGGCGGAGCGCGCGCUCGCGCAGGACCUCGCCGCCUCGGAGGGCAGCACCACCGUCCUCGACACCGUCCUCAACAUCUUCAACAACGUCGCCGGCGCGGGCGUGCUGACGCUGGCGUAUGGCAUGCGAGGCGUGGGGUGGGUGCCGGCGUUCGCGUCGGUGGUGUGCAUCGGCGCGAUCUCCGGGUACACCUUCUACCUCGUCGGCGCCGCGUGCGAGUCCGUCGGCGCCAACUCCUUCAAGGACCUCUGGGGCACCACCCUCGGGGAAGGCACAGCGUGGGUGGUCGGGUCGUACGCGCCUGGCAGCGGCUCGGCGCUGCUCGCCUCCUUGCCUGACGACCUCGCGCCUUGCUUCAAGGGCGCAAGCGCGUGGAAGCUGGCCUUCUUGUGGAAGGUGGAUGCGGCCGCGGCGACGCUCUUCUCCAACCUGGGCCUCUCCUUCCGCGCGCACUACAACGUGCCCUCCUUCUACGCGUCGCUGCGCGAGCGGUCGAAGCGACGGUGGGCAAAGUGCUGCGUCUACGCCUUCGGGCUGCUCACGGCGCUGUACGCGACGAUGAUGGGCACCGGGUACGCGCUCUUCGGCGAGGCAGCCUCCUCCAACCUGCUCAACAACUUCGCGCCCACGGACAAGCUCGCCGUCGGCGCGCGCGCUGCCACCGGCGUCUCGACCCCCGUCGGCCAACCGCUGUGA